CUGUCCCUCCACUCUUCCGGGCAGCCCCGGCGGGCAGGCAGGCGGAUCAUCCCCUUAGGCUCUCAUUGCCUAGGCUGGCGCCUUCACCGCGGCCUUCAAACGGAGGCAGCAUCCAGGUGUCCAAUACCGGCACGCAGAGCCCUGGACCCCACAACAGGACGCCGGGCUAGGCAAGCUUCUAGGUGGGCGCGAGGCCUGAGCGGAGGGGGAGGACAUCCGCAGCAGGCAGCGGCAACGGGCCUUUAGGAGCCCCGUGCAGAUUCGGAAACGAGCGCGGAGAAGCCCGGAGCCAUGGACCCUGGCACCAGCACCCAGUAUUUUUGGACCACUGAGGCCCAAGGGGAACCCGCAGAUGCAGCUGCUGGACAUGAGUUCUGUGACAACUACACCAACGAAACUGCAGCCUUGAACAAGGAAAAGCCUAAGCAGAAGAGGCAGAGGAGCAGAUGUUCGUCUCUGGCCGAAAGGAACAUCGUGGGCUGCAGAAUUUCUCACGAGUGGAAGGAAGGGGAUGGGCCCAUCACCCAUUGGAGAGGAACGAUUCUCGAUCAGGUUCCUCUUAAUCCCCCUCUCUAUCUGGUGAAAUACGAUGGGAUAGACUGCGUCUAUGGGUUGGAACUUCACCACGAUGAAAGAGUGUUGUCCCUUAAAGUGCUCUCUGAUACAGUAAAACCAUCCCCAGUCCCUGAUCCUAACCUUGCUGAUACAAUAAUUGGCAAGGUGGUGGAUCACAUAUUUGAGGGUGAGCAUGGCUCAAAAGAUAAAUGGAGGGGGAUGGUUCUGGACCAAGCUCCUAUCCUUAAUGCCUGGUUUUACAUUACCUAUGUGAAUGAUCCUAUCUUAUACAUGUACCAGCUUCUGGAUGAUUAUAAAGAGGGCAACCUUCGUAUCCUGCCAGAGUACAAUGAGAUUCCUCGACCAGAUUUAAACCUGAAAUUUAAGGAUGGUCUGAUAGGCAAGAUUGUGGAAUAUACCCAAGAUGACGGUUCCAAAAGGACUGGCAAGGUGAUUGGCAAAGUAGAAGCCAAACAGUCGGUGUACUUCAUCAAAUUUAAUGAUGAUUUUCAUAUCCAUGUCUAUGACUUAGUGAAAAAUAUCUAAUUGGCAAAGUU